AUGAUCCAUAUGCUACAAAGAAACUACCAGCGAGAACUAAACGGGAUCAAACCAUGGCGUGUCCCGCUCAACCAGCUUUUCAUGGGACAGCCAGGAACUGGUAAAACGACAGUAGCCACGCUUUAUGGCAAGAUUCUUGCAGAUAUGGGUCUCCUCAGUGGCGGUGACGUGGUGUUGAAAACCCCAUCGGAUUUCCUCGGCGAUGCCGUGAGCAUGUCAGAGAAACAGACGCAAAAGACCCUCGACGCAACAGUCGGCAAGGUUCUGGUGAUCGAUAUGUUCCACAACGCGAACUCAGGUCUAACCCGGCGGUUCAACAUGAAAUGGAUGUUCAAGUUCGAAAACUACAACCUGUCUGAACUCGAUCAAAUCAUGACUCUGAAAAUGUCACAGCAGAACCUCACAUGCACCCCCGAUGGAAGAAAAGUAGCCCAUGACAUCUUCAAACGAGCCCUCCAGCGCCCCAAAUUCGAAGACGCAAGUGAAGUAGAAAGCUGUCUAGCCGAUGCAAAGCCGAACUUCGAAAACCGCCAACUGACACAGACAUCCAAGACGGACGUCCGCGACGAGAAACUCGAAGCCAACGACUUCGACAAGGACCUGCAACGCAGCCAAGUCAACUGCCGCGAGCUGCUAGCAGGUAAAGUGUCACGCAGCAUCGUCGACAAGUUCGCCAGCUACCAGACUCGCUGCCACGCAGCCAAGCAGCGCGGCUAUAACCCACGAGACUUUGUCCCCACCCGGUACAUCUUUAAGGGCUUCCCGGGAACGGGCAAGAUGAUCACUGCCAAGCACAUGGGGCAGUUCUUCUAUAAUAUGGGGUUCCUUGCCACGAGCGACGUCGUACAGUAUUCGACUACCAAUCUUAUCAGUGAAUAUGUGGGACAUACAUCAUCCAAGACCAGAAAGGUACUGCACAGGGCUCUUGGAAAGGUUCUUUUUCUCAGUGCCAGGGAAGGGCGAGAAGAUCGUGUUAUCCUCGCCGGCGACGUCACAGGCGUCGACACACUAAUAUCCAAACGGGCAGAUUUGUCAGGACUUUUCCGCGACGAGGUCAUGUUCAACCACUUGUUGCCAGACGAAUGCAUUUCCCUGCUCACACGCAAACUCGAAGAAAAAGACGUACACAUCAACUCAGACCUCGCCCACAAUACAGAUAUCAAAACCCUCUUCCAGAAAAUGAAAAAACUCCCCGAUUGGAGAAACGCGCAUGAUGUCGAGUACCUAGCCAAAGAAAUCUUCGGUAAAUGUCUCGAUAAUAUCGAUUUGACCUCUCCAGAGCAGCAACCCUUGGAAGUCACCGCUUCCUUGGUCACGUCGUGUAUGCGGGAUACUUUCGAGCAUAGGAGUCGUCGAAGCAACAACACCACCACCAACAACAAAUCACCAUCAACAGACCCGAUGUUCGAGGACCUGUUUUCCCAUUUGUACUCCCUAAACCCAGCCACCCGGAAACCCCCUCCCACACCAUCCUCGAGCCCCAAUCCAGCAGAGGAACCUGAGAAGGAGUAG